AUGGACCCAAUGGACGUGGAUGUAAAAGUAUUGGAUAAGUUCGAGUUCGCUCUGAAAUAUGGUAAAGAUUUUCCCAAUGCAACCUUGAAACAAGCAACUGAUGCGUACGAAAAAUAUAUCCAAGAACAUGCUGGUGUAUCAAAAAAUGAACCGCAAACAAGCGCUUAUGAAUUAGAAGCGUUAGAGUUAGGCUUUUAUGCACAACCGAAGGAUCCUAAUAACUCGUUCCGCCGAUUAGCAGAAUUUACAGAAAUGAUGUGUAGAAAAUGGCAACCUGCCGACUUUAUGUGUCCAAUCAGUGCCAUCGUUCAGUCAAGUGGUGUCGGAAAAUCGCGAAGUAUUAAAGAACUUGCCAACAGCAAGUUUGUUAUUCACCUUUGCUUGCGUGGAAAGAGUGAUGGUUUUCCCUUACGUUCUUUCGAAGUUGCUGACCUGAUAUUGAAGGAACCAGUGACAAGAUAUCCUCGCUAUGAAGCCCUCUCACGUUUUGUUGCUUAUAUAUGUGCUUGUUACGAAGAAUUGAUGGAAUUUCUCGAUGAAGUGAAAAGUGAAGAAAUGAAAAGCAAACAUAACUCAACAUCAAUAUUCCACAAAUGGUAUCAUCAACAGAUUACCAUAAAUGUAAUAGGCAAUAGACGGCUUGGUGGUGAAACCUUUUGGGGGCGUAUUCUCAAUAGGAUGUUAACCAUACAGAAUGAAUUUUUGGAAUUGAUAGGAAGUAUUUCCGAUUCAGAAUUUGCUAAGAGACUCAAGAUAAAGAUUCUUGGUGCUAUCGAAGAAUUGGAAAACCAGUUCAAGAUGUUUUAUUGCUUACGAGAAGGUGACGUCUCCGUCAUAUUUGCAAUUGAUGAGGCACGACCGUUAACGGUUCCAAAUGAAAGGCUUGGUAACAAUUCUCUGUAUCAUUAUUUCCGUGCUGCAUCUGCCACAAUACCUGGAUACGAUCCAAAUAUGAAAGUUAAUACAUUUGUUCUUUUGCUGGACACUGUCUCAAAAAUUGCCAAUUUUCUGCCACCUUUAGGAUCUGAUCCAUCCUUUCGCUAUGUUACUAAAUCUACUAAUUUGUACCCUCCCUAUUGGACUAUUGAUCUAUGGGAUGUUCUUUCAACACCUCCUGAUCCUCAUAUGAUAUUUGAUGUUCACCAGAGAAAGAUCAGUAUGAGUUCGUUUUUACACACAUUCUUUCGCCAAGGACGCGUUCUUUGGGGACGCACUUUAGAACUUUUGGAUAAGGAAAAACAAAGUACAGCUGUGUUUAGAGCAAUAGUAUGCGCAAAAUGCAAACUCAUGGGUGGCAUCAACUUCGAAGAUUACAUUCAACGUAUUCCAAGAGAAAUAAUUAUUAGACAAAAUAUGGUUGCACUAUGGUGCGUAAGAGCAAGUCUUUUGGUUAAGCCACAAAGUGAACUGGCUAGUGAUUUGAUUGCGAAUCGUUUGGGUGUCUGCCUAGGUGUAUCACAAGAUCGAAAAAGUGUUUUUAUUGGUUAUUCAUCAGAGCCGCUUGUAGCUGAAGCGGCGGCACAAAUCAUUAAUCAUCACCAGAUCAAAUUCGAGGAAACAAUCGAACCACUUCUUGGUUUUAUUCAAGAAGGCAUAGUAGAACCAGGACCGAAAGGAGAGCUUACUGUUCGCAUCCUACUCACGUUGGCUUGGGAUUAUGCAAUUCAUCAAGCGCAAAAAGACUUUCAUAAAUUCAUCUACACGUAUCCUUUAACAGUUAAGCAAUACUUGACUGCAUUAAUGUCAGAUGUCAGUUGUCUCGAGGGUCAAAUUAAUUCUGAUAGUAUGGACUAUCUGUUGAGCGGCAUUGUAUUUUUUACGCACUUUAUAGUCGUGGCACAGUCUAUAACAAAAGAAGAUAUACGUUACUUCUUCUGUCGCGGUGCAGCAUUUCAAUGUCAACGUGGACAAAGUGCUAUAGAUCAUGGCAUUCCAGUUCUGCUACCAAAUGGCGAGUUCACCUACAUUUUAAUUCAAACGCGCAACUAUAGUGGAAGCGACCCUAAUAUUAUGUUUGCAAGUCUCGUAAUUACUCCUCAAACUGUAGGGCUAGAUAUGGAUCCAGAUUGGCCAUAUCUCGUUUUGUAUUUUACUUUAGGUUAUAAAAACGGUAUGAUUAAGAAUCUGAAGGUUGUGAAUGGUCGUAAUACCCAAGCAAGAGAUGAAGGUAUUACUGCUAUUGGUGGUAAGGCUGAGAAAACCAAACGACAAGAUAUGCUAUUGAAAUCACCUGUGAAUGAGGAUGAAAAAGUAGCAAAGAGCCGAUUAGACAAGCAAGUAAUCGUAGGCUUGUUUGGUAUCUCACCACAUGUAUAUCCAUUUCUCAAUGCAAGUGAGAAUAGCGGGCACGCAUCAUUCCCGUCUUCCUCUACGAAAGUGGAACUCCUUAAAAAACUGUCCAAAGCAUGGACUGAUCCAAUGUCUUUUGCCAAGGAAGAUGAAAAGGAAGUGAUAAAACGCAUGAUGCCACUUGUGUGGAGAGACAAAUGCAUUAAAAAAGAUAUUUGUGAAGAAGAUUUGUGA